AUGGCUAACCUAGAUGAGAUGCUGGGACAGCAGACUGCAAAUAAGACCAGUGAAACCACAUACGGGGAGCAGCAUGUUGAUACGAGCAAUACUGGAAGGGUGUUGGCUUCAGAUGCUGCUGCUUUCCUGAAAAAAUCAGGGCUUCCAGACUUGAUACUUGGAAAGAUUUGGGAUUUAGCUGACACAGAUGGCAAAGGCAUCCUGAACAAACAACAUGAUUCCAGUAGUCCCUUGCUAACCAGUGGAACUUCUGCAGCUGAGCUCCCAUGGGCUGUAAAAUCUGAAGAUAAGGCCAAAUAUGAUGCAAUUUUUGAUAGCUUAAGCCCAGUGAAUGGAUUUUUGUCUGGUGAUCAAGUGAAACCAGUAUUGCUCAACUCUAAAUUACCUGUGGAAAUUCUUGGAAGAGUUUGGGAGUUGAGUGAUAUUGACCAUGAUGGAAUGCUUGACAGAGAUGAAUUUGCAGUUGCCAUGUUUUUGGUAUACUGUGCACUGGAGAAAGAACCUGUGCCAAUGUCCUUGCCUCCAGCUUUGGUGCCACCAUCUAAAAGAAAAACGUGGGUUGUAUCCCCUGCAGAAAAAGCUAAAUAUGAUGAAAUCUUCCUGAAAACAGAUAAAGAUAUGGAUGGAUUUGUGUCUGGAUUGGAGGUCCGUGAAAUCUUCCUGAAAACAGGUUUAUCUUCUACCUUACUAGCUCAUAUUUGGGCAUUAUGUGACACAAAGGACCGUGGGAAGCUUUCAAAGGAUCAGUUUGCUUUGGCUUUUCACUUAAUCAAUCAAAAGUUAAUAAAAGGCAUUGAUCCUCCUCACAUUCUUACUCCUGAAAUGAUUCCACCAUCGGACAGAACAACUUUACAAAAGAACAUCAUAGGAUCAAGUCCUGUUGCAGAUUUCUCUGCUAUUAAGGAACUAGAUACCCUUAACAAUGAAAUAGUUGACCUGCAGAGGUAUGUAAAAUAA